AUGCACAAUCGAAAUAGGGACAGACGGCCACCCCACGCCCCCGAAAUUCAUCGACGCCAUAACGCGCGACUGGCCAGCAGACCUGCACUCCUCCAUCCUGCGCGCGUUCGAAACAACCUCUCCAUAUUCGAACUCACCCGCGUGAACUACGCAGCCGGCGCGCUUUACGCUGAGAUCACAAAUGCCCUCCUGGCCAAAACGGGCUUGAAGGCUGAGGAUAUAGAUGUUGUGGCAUAUGAUGGCCAGACAAUAUACCAGGAACCGCCGGACCGAGACAAAAUGGCCGACUUUCACAAUCAAAACCAAAACAAAGACGAAAGCCAAAGUCUCGUCGACCGCUGGACAAAAGCCUCGUACGCGUGCGGCCUGUUCAUCGCAGAAUCCGGCGUCGUGGCCGCCCUAACCAACAUCACCACAGUAACGCAGUUCCGGCCGGUCGACCACGCCCUCGGCGGUUCUGGGGCGCCACUGAUGCAGUAUUUGGAUUUUGUUGCGUUUCGGCGUCAGCCUGGCGGAGGAGGCCCGACGGUAACGUUGAAUAUCGGCGGGAUUGCGAAUCUGCAGCUUGCGCACCGGGACCGGGAUAGGAUGCUGGCGUUUGAUACGGGGCCUGGGAAUGUUAUGAUUGACCAUGUUAUGCGUGUACGGUGUAACGCGCAGUAUGAUAAAGAUGGUGAGGUAGCUGCUCGGGGCACUGUUCUACGGGACUUGCUGGAGCAGUUACAGGAGGAGUCCAGGGCGUUCUUCGGCCGGUCUCCGCCGCGGUCAGCGUGGAGACUGGAUUUUGGAUCCGAGUAUGCGGACCGGAUCCUCCAGGCGAAUGAGUCGGCUUUGACAGAGGAUCUCGUGGCGACGGUUACCAUGUUCACGGCUGUUUCUGUGGAACGGGCGCUGGUGGACUUUGUGCUGCCUAGAGCAGAAGAACUCGGUGGGUUGGAGCCAAGCAGGGUGAUAGUCAGUGGAGGCGGGACGAGGAACUGUACGCUGGUGAGGUUCCUGCGUGAGAGGUUAGCAGCUCAUGGAGUGGAUGUGUGUCUUAGUGAUGAGGUUGGGCUGCCAGCGGCGUAUAAGGAGGCGAUCAAGUUUGCUACGUUGGGGUUUGCGGCGAAGAGAGGCAUUGCCAAUAACAUUCCAAAGGCGAGUGGUGCUGAGAGGUUUGCAGUAUUGGGGAAGAUGACUCUUGCGCCGGGGGUAGCCAGGAUUUAA